AUGGGUAGUAACAUAUUCAUUCAGUUCAAUCCUGCUUUCAAACUACCCAUUAAACUAAGUGGUUCUCACAACUUCGCCACCUGCAAAACCUUAUUCUCCAUGCUUAUGUAUGGCAACAACCUUUUUGGCUAUCUCUAUGGGACCACUCCAGCCUCCAAUCGCACAAUUUCCCUCGGUACAAACAUAUCUUCUAAUGCUGUCUUCUUACCUUGGUUCUACAAAGAUAAACUCAUCAAAAAUUCCCUUAUGGCUUCUGUCGAACCAACCAUUGAUUCUACUGUUGCUACUGUUGACUCGGAUAAAUUAGCUUGGGAUGCUUUACAUACCACUUAUGCGAACAAGUAUCAAACUCAGGACUUUAGUUUGCGUGAUCAGCUUUUCCAUGUCACUAAGGACUCUCGCUCCAUCACUGAAUAUAGUCACGAUAUUUUGUUCCUUUCUGAUGAGUUAGCAAUUGUUGGUGUUCCUGUGACCAAUCCUGAACUCAUAGUUAAAAUACUAAGUGGUAUGGAGCUAGAGUUUCGAGAGAUGUAUGGUGCCAUUCGUGCACGUGAUACAACCCUCUCUUAUGAGGAAUUGUUUGAAAAACUACUAGACUAUGAACUCUUCCUUCACCACGAGGAUGCUAAGAAGUUGUCUAGUCCUAUCACUGUUGCAUUUGCCACUCCCAGAAAAAGCAACACUAAUAAUCGCAACAAUCGCAGGCAGACAACCAAAUCUCAACAAUAG